AAAGUCUCAACCUUUAAGAUUUUGAUCCUUUUAUGGUAACUAAGACAUUGAAACAAAUCUUCUGGGUAGAUUUUGGCUCUUCUCUGAUCUUCUCUUUUCUGAUUCAAUCUUAACGAUCCCAAUCUUCUUCUUCUUCUUCUUUUCUGGGAAAAUUUUGGCUCCUUCUGAAUUUUUGUGGGAAAAUUGAAUUGAAUCCGAUUAGUUGGAUCGACAAAAAUCGGAUUCGAAUUUUGACGAUGAAAGCAUCAGGUUCGUUAGAUAGCUGGAGAGAAUAUUUCCGGCGAGGAGAUUCCGAUAUUUUCGGGAUCAUCGAUCAUGCGAUCAUGGUGGCUGCUACUGAUUGUCCUAACAAAUUCAAAUCAAGAAGAGACCAAAUCGCCGAGCUUUUAUUCUCCUGCAGAGUCAGUCGUUGCAUCGGAUGCGACCAUCUUGAGUUGUCUGUUCCCGGAGACGACGAGGCUAAUCGCGGCCGUGGAACCACCGGUGACGGCGGUGGUGGUACGGCGGUUGAUAAAGAGAGCAAAGCUAAUAGUGGCAGAGGAGAUAAUAAUCAUAUGGAUGAGACGAAUAUGAAUAGUAAUCAGAUUGUUAGCAAUUAUACAUUUGAUGAAGCUGAGGCUUUGAGUGAUGAGAUUGAAGAGUUUUCUGUGGUUUCUAAGGAGGUUGCUAGGAUCAAAGAGAUCUUGCUCAACAAAGAAGAUGAGCCAAACUCGGUGUUACUCGAUUCCUUAAGACAUCUUAAGUUGAUGUCUUUGAAUGUGGAUAUUCUUAAGAGUACUGAGAUUGGAAAGGCUGUUAAUGGCCUGAGGAAACAUGGUUCUGAUAAGAUUCGACAACUCGCAAAGACUCUUAUCGCAGAGUGGAAGGAGUUGGUGGACCAAUGGGUCAAUACCACAAAGGAAAUUACUGGUGCUGAAGGUACACCAGAGUCUGCAAACCCGUCCGUCGUUGAUGAAGAAGAAGCAUUUCCAUCUCUUCCAUAUGAUGUUGAUAUCUUUACACCGGAACCAAACGGAUUUGAAAUCUCACACUUCUUUGAUUCCUUGGACUUUGAUGGAAAUCCUCGUAACUCUAAAGAAUACAACACAAGCCAAGAACACGAAAGAAGACCACAAAAUAUCGCCAAGAGAAGACCAGAGGGAACACAAAUGAGGAUACAAGAUGCUCCUUUUAGAUCUAUUAAGCCAUCAUCAGCCACUGAUUUUGAUGGGACUAGAAGACCUCUAAAGCAAAAUACAGAGCAAAGGAUGAAGAACGAAACUGUAUCAGUUCACAAGUCUGAAAAACCCAUGAUCCAAAGGAAACCGGUUGUUACAGAACAGAAGCGGAAAGCUCCCGGACCUCAACAAGAAAAACUUAAAGGUCUUGAUGCAGACGCAAAGUUUGAGUUUGCUAAGAGGAAACUUCAAGAGAGCUACCAGCAUCAUGAGAAUGCCAAGAAGCAGCGAACGAUACAAGUACUUGAGAUGAUCCCAAAGCAAGGUAGUGCUCAGAAACCACAACUCAAAAGACCUGGAAUGAGCAACAGGAAUUGGGCUAACGGGCGAAAAUAGCUUCUUCUCUGUCAAAAUGGUGAAUAACUCUCGGCAAAAGUCAUUUUACUCCACACUUACCACACAUAUCUCGCAAUCUCUGGUGCAAUAAAAGGUAAACAGAGUC